UCGGGGGGGGGGGGGUAAAAAAGUUCUUCCCACUGAGAGUCCCCGUAACCAUUGACCGAAAAGCUCUCUUUCUUCCGUCCGCGCUUGUGUGGAAUUGAAUAUUUUCAAAUUGAAAAAAAAAAAACAAAACAAAAUAUGACAGCUGUCAAACUGUCGGAAACACAAGUUAAGUGCGCGCUCGUGUGCGCUCGCAUGAAAAUCCGUUUGAUGCCAAGUAUGUAAUUCCUUCUUACUUGAUUAUAUAUUUUAAUUAGCACCUGAAUAGGUAAUAGAGAUCAUCUUGUGAGAAAGUUCUCACGACCUCGGAGUGUGUUCAAAGGCGCUCUCGACGAUAUUCAAUUUGUCAGCUGGAAUAUCUGACCUGAGAGUUUGAACAGCGACAGAAUGUCAGUGCACGUAAUGUGCUUGACUUCUUCCGGAGGGAUUCCUUUGUUUUCCCGCCAGAAAGGUGACAGCGACGCGAUGACAUUUUCGAAGAUCGCGUCUCUCAACGGAGUUCACAUGUUUCUCAAGUCGCACGACAUCACUCUUCUGAACACCGAUCUGCCGGACACAACUGUAGCGUGGAAGGAAUUCGAGCAGAGCAUCAUACUGAUAGCGAUCGCGAGCGGAGUGACCAAGCACGUGCUGGACAAGUUUCUGGACACCACCUUCGGCGCGAUGGUUCUCUUCACCGGCAUCGACGAGAUCAAGAACUCGAAGAAUGUGGAAAGGCUAAAAAAAGACAUGCGUUUCUGCAAUUCCAUUAUAGACAGACUGAUGGAUUGCCUGGACAUAGGGGACAAAGUCUCCACUAAGACCGACAUGAUCAACAUGACCGAAUGCGUAAUGUCUUCUGAGAACCACUUGCUUCAGACUUGCUUAGAGGGAUUCAUGGAAUGUCUGGACUCGAUGUACGGUUGCGUUCUGGUGCACGGUUGCGUGGCGGCUGCUACGGACGGCUGGUGGUCGUUGGAUUCUGUGGAGAGAAAGUUGCUAACGAUAGCAAUCACUUCGGAGAGCGUUUGCACCAUACGGGACAUUCCGGUGUUCUUACCCUGUAAGAGUCCAAAUGUAGCUUUCAGACUGGUAUCUGUGACUCUGAUCAAUCAUGUAGAAGUGCUGGCUUUGUGCGGACCGAGUCCGGAGUUGAUGGAAAUCGAGAGGCUCGCUGUGCAAUGUUGGAAGGGCAACACAGACGUGUUGUGCGCCAUUGCUGAACAAUGUUACGCGCGAAACUUGCCUUCUUCAGUUUCUUUGGAUAGCGAGACACUCGGAUUUCUGUUGGCAAAUUACAAGGUGGACAAGUUCGUGCUCGGGAGAAAUCCGCAAUGCGCGAAAAAUCGCGUUACGGUGUCGCACAGAUUGGACAUACUGCGAACGUUUUAUCACCAAGCGGUCGAGACGUUCGCGUUGUCGAUGGAUCACAACGAGGAGAUCAACGACGAGAAGAAUCCGAGCGUCUGGAAAUUCACCGGAGCUAAGGAAACGUAUCUGUGCUCCGAGUAUCACAAAUGUCACGCGGUGAAACACGGUGACAAUAUACUGUGCGUAUUGUACACGUCUGUUGUACCAACUCACACCAUGAGACUGAUCAGUCAAAAAAUAUUGAAAAUGAUGUUCAGCGAUAAGCAGAUAUGUUGGUAGGCUCCUUCCAUUUUACACGAAGUACAUGAAAUAAAAAAUGUUUUUUACAUUGUUUAACUUAGGGUCUACGUAAUUCAAUUGUCUUUUUCUUUACUUUCUAUG